UUCUUUCUACCAGCCAUUUUCUUUAAAAAACGAAAUAGAAAAACGUUACUUACCGACAAAAAAAGGAAACAGAAGAACGUAGUUUUUUUUCUCAUUUCCCUUGUGCGUAAGCAUAGAAGAAAACAUAGCACAUAGAUACCUGUGUCUGUCUCCAUGGCGGAGAUUUAGUAAAUAUUUCGUUAAUUGAUGUAAAAUUAAAAUGAAAUGAGAUGAAGGUAAUUGAAGAUGGGUUCAGAAUCGAACUCGACUACUACGUCAACAUCAUCUCCAUCCUCAACUGGGAAGCGAAGUAGAGAUCCAGAGGAUGAAGUUUAUCUUGACCAUCUUCGCUCUCACAAGCGUUACCUAAGCGAGAUAAUGGCUAUUUAUCGGGGAAACUUUAUUUGUGCAGAUAAUGGCUUCCAGCUUAAAUGGAUUAACUGUCGGAGAUCCACUUUCAGAGAAUCUCAUGGAAUCGCCGGCCAGGGAUGAACUUCCCAUGCAGUAUUCACCAAUGUCUGAAGAUUCUGAUGACUCAAGAUUUUGCGAGGCCCAUAUACACAAUUGCUUAUCCCAAAGUGAUAGCCUGCCCACCCGUCCAAUUUCUCCGCACAGGUACCAGAGGCCACUGAGUGGGUUCUCUUCUGCUCCUUCUACCAGUUCAUAUCCUUCACAUAACUGUUCUGUUAGUGGCUCACAGCCACGUCAACGAGGCUCGGAUUCUGAGGGCCGGUUCCCAUCAUCACCUAGUGAUAUAUGCCACUCAGCUGACUUGAGGAGAGCUGCGCUCUUGAGGUCUGUGCAGAUGAGAACACAGCCUCCUGGCAUGCCAUCUUUUGAACAGGAACCUGUUGAGGAGCAGCCGUGCUCAUAUAUCAAGUCUUUAGUUGAUGAGAGGGAGUAUCAGAUUGAGUGUUCUUCACUGCCAAUGUCAGAGCCUGAAUUUAGUCGGGAGAAAUCGUGCAGAGUGCUAGACUUGAAUAUGAAAGCACAAGAGUCUCGGGGCUAAAUGCUUCAGGAACCGAAUUCUUCAAAUCUGUGCUAACCCUCAUUUUGUGAGUUUUUGAAAUUUUUUUUUUUUUGGUAGCAGGUGGAUGGCUUUCAUCAGUGUAUCUCUAGUCUCCAUUGCAUAGAAAAUAGAUGAGGCUUGUAACUAGCGAUACACUUGUUUACCUCAGUAAUCCGUUAAUGUUGAGCUUCUAACCUGACCGAUUUUCAAAUCCUUUAUGUCGUAAAUCGAUCAGGUAUAUUUACCCGUUUGCUAUAAUGAUAUUUUUUCUAUUCUCUCCCCUCUA